ACUCCGCCCCAGGCCGGGAAGUGAAUCCAAAACCAGAACGCGUUGUUGACGACAGGAGUGUAGGUUGGGUGGGAAGCCGAGGAGGCCCUCCCAGAUUCGGGUCCCCAGCCCUCUGGGGUGCGGGAGAAGCGCGGGGAUCCCGGGCCCCUAGAGGAACAGCGGGACUCGCGGCUUUGGCGGACCCCAGGAAGAAGCCAUGUCUACUUGGGGGUUUGCUUCCCCGGCUCCCGACCGCUUUGCGGUGUCUGCGGUGGCAGAGGAUAAGGUUCGGGAGCAGCAGGCUCGCUUGGAGCGUAUCUUCAGCGUGGGAAUAAGCAUCCUCUCCAAAGACUGCCCAGAUAACCCUCAUAUCUGGCUGCAGCUUGAGGGCCCCAAGGAGAACGUCUGCAGAGCCAAGGAAUACCUGAAGGGGCUCUGCAGCCCAGAACUGCAGAGUGAAAUCCGCUACCCACCCAGACUGCACUGCGUCUUUCAGGGAGCCCACGGCUUCUUCCUUGACUGCCUGGCUUGGAGCACAUCUGCCCACCUGGUGCCCCUGGUUCCUGGCUCUCUGAUGAUCAGUGGCCUGACAGAGGCAUUUGUGAUGGCUCAGAGCCGGGUGGAGGAGUUAGUGCAGCGGCUGAUCUGGGAUCUUCAGCUGCACUCUUGUCCCGGAGCCCCUGCCAGUGCUGGAGUGCUGAGAGACUUCUCUGCUCUGCUGCAGACUAGGGAGGAUGCCUACACAGAGGACCUGCUGCAGCUGCCCCUGGCUGUCCAGGAGGAGCUCCUAACUCUGGUACAGGAGGCAUCCAGAGAGCAGGGUCCACAGGUGCUGCCCUCUCAUGAGCGGCAGGGGAGUAGAGGCCUGUCCAGUGCUCAGUUCCAGGGAGUUAGGACUCCCUUGAGUCACGGUGGGGAGUUCCAGGGUACUGGAGUGGUGGGGUCGGGAGAUUCAAGGGCAGCGAGAGGAGAAAGACCUACUAUGGAGAAGCAGGGAAGUAAACAGGAUGGUGUCAGGGACACGCAUUCAGGGAGGAAGGACCCCUCUGGGGAAGAGGUCUCCGAGAGAGGAGUGGCUUUCAAGUCACAACCAGCAGGUGGAGGAGCGGAGGCACCGUUGAAGGGAAAGGCCUUGGGGAAGGAGGAGAUUCCUCAGCAAAGAGGAGGGUUCAGUAUGCAGGGUGAACCUUCUGGUGCCCAUGUGCCCUCUCAGAGGGCAGCUCAAACUCGGGGAGCCUCUCUCCUCCAGCGGCUCCAUAAUGGGAGCACGUCACCUCCCAGAGUACCUAGCCCUCCACCUGCGCCGGAACCCCCGUGGCCCUGUGGAGACCGAGAUCGGGGAGACAGGGGAGAGAAGCAACAGGCUGGGGCUCGAGGUCGAGGGUAUAAACGAGGCGCUCGAGGGGGCAACUUGGUGACUGGCACACAGCGUUUCCAGGAAGCCUUACAGGACCCUUUCACCCUGUGCCUUGCUAAUGUGCCCGGCCAGCCAGACCUCCGUCAUAUCGUCAUUGAUGGCAGCAACGUGGCCAUGGUGCAUGGCCUGCAGCACUACUUCUCAAGCCGGGGCAUUGCUCUUGCUGUGCAGUACUUCUGGGAUCGUGGGCAUCGUGACAUAACUGUCUUUGUGCCCCAGUGGCGCUUCAGUAAGGAUUCCAAGGUCAGAGAGAGUCACUUCCUGCAGAAGCUGUACUCCCUGAGUCUGCUUUCCCUGACACCCUCACGAGUCAUGGAUGGCAAGAGGAUUUCUUCCUAUGAUGACAGGUUCAUGGUGAAGCUGGCGGAAGAGACUGAUGGGAUCAUUGUCUCCAAUGACCAGUUCCGAGACCUGGCAGAGGAGUCAGACAAGUGGAUGGCCGUCAUCAGAGAGCGCCUGCUGCCCUUCACCUUUGUGGGAAACCUCUUCAUGGUCCCAGAUGACCCUCUGGGGCGAAAUGGCCCCACCCUGGAUGAGUUCCUGAAGAAGACAGUCAGGAAACAGGACUCUUCUAAGGCUCAGCAACCCUCCAAAGGCCCCAAAGACCAUGGGAAUCAGCAGCAGGCGAAGCAAGGGAAGGAAGAGGAAAGAGGUGGCAUUCGGAAGACCAGGGAGACAGAACGGCUCCGGCGUCAGCUGCUGGAGGUGUUUGGGGGUCAGGACCACAAGGUGGACUUCAUCCUGCAGCGGGAACCAUACUGCCGGGAUAUUAAUCAACUUUCUGAGGCCCUGCUGAGUCUCAACUUUUGAGCCUUACUUGCCUGCAUAGCUGCUGCCCUAUCAGACUUAGCGACCCCAGCCCAGCCCCUCCUUACAGUCCUCUGCUGCUCAGACUGUGCUCCAGACUCCCUCUAAGAUGGUGCUUUGGCUGGAGGAAGCACCAGAGAAGAGAUUUGAGUGUGGGAACACCCUUGCCUGGGGUCCGUAAGGUGACUCGACCCGAGUCAGGACCGCAGCCAGCUCUAAGGAGCCUUUGAUCAGAUUUAACCACUCAUCCUGGUCUUUGCAGAGGGUUUCUGCAGGCUGUAGAGGCUCCUCCUGAAGGCUGAGACUGUUGGCCAAGUUAAGCUGAGUUGGAGGCUAGGGUAAGCUGGGGGCAGUAAAAGGCUAAGCUGAGGAAGAAAGCAUCCUCAGGCUGCUCUUCUGAAUGGCUAGUGUAGGCUGAGCUGUCUGGGUUCUGCAGGGCCACAGUGCUAUGCGGGCUGUUGCAGUAGGACAGCAGAGACCCAGAGGCUUCCAGUUUGGGUUGUGCCUGCCUGCGACCUUGGCUGAGUCGCUUGACUUUUACUUAUGUCUGUACAACAGGCAUAAAAAAUAACCUUUGAGAGGAAACCUGGGUACACAGAGGAAGGCUCCUGUGAGGAAGUGAUCUUGGAUCGUGUCUCAGGUGUGUCUGCCUGUGUCUGCAUAGGCUCUCUAACCAAAACUUCAUGUUCAGAGAUGUCCACAGUCCACAGCCUCAGUUUUAACUCGGGGUUUCCAGUAGAACACGCCUGUAAUGGCUGCCCCCUUUCCCAGCAACCUUCCAAACACACAUUAACAAAAGAGUUGUUAGGGCUGAUUGCUGCAUUACCUAAAAACUCUCAGGGUCCCUAGAAGAGGCAGCUGGUCAGUUGCAUUCAAAUGUGUUUACAGAUUCACAAAUGUGUCAGAAAGGCCCCAGUUAAAUCCUCUCUCUGGUGUUGAAUGUGUUCACCAAAUUCAUGAAGCUAUGCUUUGCAGUGACAAUGUUAGUGGGAUCUAUCUAUUAUUUCCUUUAUGGAAGACGUGGGUUGCAUUUGGUAAGAUACAGUACUGCUUCCUGUGUAUAGUUAAGAAACUAUUGUCUAGGAGUGGAAGCUGAAACAUCAGCGUUGAAAGACACCUGGUUAGUCACAGAUGACCUCCACUGACCUAUCAUGGCCAAGUGUUUACAUCCUAAUUCCCACAAGUCAUUGUUUGGUAUCUGCUUGAUUUUUGUGCCAGGGAAUUUACUCUCUGCAAGGAGGCACAUUCCUGACCUGGAUGUAUAGUUGUCCAGUAGUUUCUCCCCCCCCUCUAGUGUAGCGUAACAAGCUUCUGUUAUUUUUACCUUCCCUGGGAAUAACUCAGAGCUAGUCAACUUCUCAGAUAAAGAGGUAAGGUAGGUUCCCUGGAUUCAGUUCUGUUUGGGAGUUGUAGCAAGUCCCUGAAUGAGCUUCUUUUCUGGCUGACUUACUAGUGACACACAGAGGUGACUGUGGGUGGAGCUCAGUGAUCAAGGAGAGGGUCCCUAGGUCCAUGUCUGUCUGUUUUGUUGGGCCAUUUUCAUCUCCACACUAGAUUGACUCAGGCUGGGACAGCUGAUUGGAGGAAGUUGAUCAGGGAAAUGACACAACUCCUUUCAGUGCCCAGGAAACAAGGAGAAUGGUCUGAAUUGGUUGCUGGUAGAAGUGCUUUUUAAGUUUGUGAUUGGUUUCUUGCUCUUUUCGCUUGCCGUGAUGGUGGGUGUACAGAAGGCCAGAAUUAGUUUCCUUUUUAUGCUGAGGGCCCUGGAAGGAGGCUGAAGUGUUCCCAAGCAGAUGAGACACAGAUCCUAGCUUGAACAGGGACACUGGCUUCGUGUUGCUGCAGUAUGAGGUGGGAUCUGCAUGUGUUUGCUAGAGGAAUUCCCUGCCAUUUGGGUGAAACACUGAGGCCAACCUACAGCCCCCCCCCCCCAUUUUUGCUGGCAUCCUCUGAACAGGUGGCUAGGGCAGCACCAGAACUCACUGGAAAUAGGUCCUUAUGUGUACUGUCUUUAAUCUCUGUCAUACCUCAUGUCUCACCAGCUCAUUUGGGAAGAGACCAAGAAAGGGAAGGGUGAGGAGAGAGACAGAGUAUUACAACAUUCAGAACCUCAUUUAGGAAGAAGAGCCAUUUAGGUAAUAGUCCUUAAGAUGAAUUCAAGAGAAUCUAAGCCAAAGAGACAGCUGAAGCUAGAGAUAGAAUUUAUUGCCGUAACUGUUGAACUUUCUUUACACAGUAUACAGGAGAACUGUGGCAACAGUGCGAACACAGAAACGACAAGAAGUUGAAGAAGUUGAGGUUAGGAUGAGAUUACAACCUUGACUGGAGGUUCUCAGAUCCGGGGAACACAACACGGGAAGAAAGUGAGGGGGAGAGGUUCUAAGACCCAGAUGGCUUUCUCAUCUCAAAUACAGGCAUCACCUGAGCCAAUUCUUAGUUGAGGAACAACAGGCCUCAGCUCCUGCCUUGGGGGUCCUUCUCUACUUAGGCUACGACAUCUUUCAAGGCAGCCCCUAACUCUGGGAAGGAAUACUGGUAGCCAGUGGCCAGUGUCCGCCGUGGGACCACUUUCUGGCCUUCCAGCAGCAUGGUGGCACGCUCUCGUCCGAAGACUGCUUGUACCACUGUGCUGGGGACAGGUAUGAAGGCUGGGCGGCCCAGGGCAGCACCCAAGGCUUGGGCAAACUCGGCAUUGGUUGUGGUAGAUGCUGGAGCCACUCCGUUCAGGACUCCUUGGACGUGGUCCCCUUCAAGGGCAUGAGUCAGAAUUCCUGCCAGAUCACUGAUGUGUAUCCAGGGGAAGAACUGGUGACCUGAACCAAUGGGGCCUCCUAGGCCCAGGCGGAAGGGCAGAAGCAUGUGGCCGAUGGCACCACCCCCACGGCCCAGCACAACCCCUAAAGCAGGCAAGAGGGGUGGUUCAGGAAGGUUGCUUAGCCUUGAAAAUCUGUAUUACUCUAAUUUCUCUUUUCCCUUCCUCAGUUUCUUCCCAUGUGGGUUUGGACAGGACAGAGUUGAGGGUUGUGGAUGUUCUUGGGACUUUCCUCUGUAGGUUAGCUAGACUGACGGUGUUCUCUCACUGUAACCUCAGCCCACCUCGGCCCAGAAAUCUUCCACUUUGCCAGGUUCCCAGGCCCUUGGUCCUCACCUGAACGUACCACGACCUGGCGUGUAGACUCUCCAGGCAGCCUGGCUGCUGCUUCCCAUUUGGUUACCAAGUUGGAGAAAAAGUCAAAAUCUCCUCCUGGACUGUCUUCAUCAUACUCCUCAGUCAGGCUUGGCUGGUAGUAAGCUGUCAUGGGAAAGCACUCAUUGCUCUGGCUGGCCCUGUCCUGCUGGGCCUUCUGCAUUAAAGGCUCCCUAGCCUCAUUCUCUCUGAUCCGUUGGAUUGCCACAGGAGAAGAAAGAACCAUGACUGUUUUCCCCUUGAUCUGCUUCCUGUAUUCCUGCCUGCCAGUCUAGCCUUUGGCUACAGAGCUAUACCCAGAGGCUGCUAGCUUGUAGUGGUUAGGAACAGAAACCUGGGUGCCAGGCUGCUUGAGCUCCGCCAUUCCUGACAUCUGUGACUUUCUGGCAAGUUACUCUCCGUAUGAACAAUUUGCAUCUUCAAUAUGGGAGUAACUGUACCUACCUCAUAAGGUUUUGCAAGGAUUAAAUGUAUAAAAUACUUA